AUAUAGUCGUUCUAAAUAUUAAAGUCUUUACAAAUAUACGAAGUCGAAUAGAUUUUUAAAAAAAAACCAAAUGGGGAUAAUCUUACUGUAAAAUUAAUGAUUUUCGUUUUCGUUUUAAAUUUUUAUCCUGAGAAUAUCGAGCAAGCAAAAAAAAAAAAAAAAAAAAACAAGAAACGAGUUAUGAGUAGACUGACCUUCGAGACCCGUACCAUUGGUAAUGAGUGAGGUUACCAUAGGUUAAUAUCGGUUUUUUUUACAUCCUAUAGGUAGACUUACAACACGACCACCUGUUUAUAUCCUACAGUUCAACGACUACAAGUGUAAAUAACAGUACAAUUUAAGGAUCGUUGUGCACGGCUGCUGUGAAUUUCGUUGAUUUAAUUUAUAUUUACCGCGAAGUCACGUUUAAAAGCCAAUGCUCGUCGGUCGUACGCCCUGCGGUGCAAUAGUCGUUGGAACGAUCGAGCAACAUUCGAAAUCAUUUAUUCGCAAAAAUAUAUUAUGAUGGUUUCCGCUUCGUUACAGUUCCAGGCACGGACAGUCGUUGUUUUAUUAUUGUUAUUGAAGUGCUCAUCGGUAGUCAUCGCCCAAAAUUCACCGUCGUCGUCAAACUAUCCGCCGCUAUUCGAAUCGGCACUGAAAUUUUUAGGAGAAACUCUGGAAUGGGAAUCAAAAGAAACUAUUGACCAAGCAAAUGUACUUCCAGAAUACGAUUUUAUCAUUGUCGGUGCUGGAAGUGCCGGAUCAGUAGUGGCGAGCAGACUGUCUGAAGUUAAAAAAUGGAAGGUACUAUUGAUCGAAGCUGGACAACACGCCACCCAUAUAAUGGACGUACCACUGGCCGCUCCGUUUUUACAGUUUUCUUCGAUCAAUUGGAAAUACAAGACGGUGCCAAUGAACAAUUCGUGCCUAGGUUUCGAGGGCAAUCGGUGCAAAUUUCCAAGGGGAAAAGUCAUGGGUGGUAGUAGUAUACUAAAUUACAUGAUAUAUACACGUGGUAACAGAAAGGAUUAUGACGAUUGGGCAGAUAUGGGUAAUACAGGUUGGGACUAUAACAGCGUUUUCAAGUACUUUAUUAAAUCAGAAAAUGCCAACGUUUCUCAUGCUGAACCUAGUUAUCACGGAAGAAACGGAUUGUUGUCGGUGUCAAAUGUCCCAUUCAAAAGCCCAAUAGCAAAGGCUUUUGUGGAAGCUGGCUCACAAAUAGGACUUCCAGUUAUAGAUGUCAACGGAGAAAAACAAAUCGGGAUAAAUUAUUUACAGACAACUAUGAAAAACGGUUACCGUCACAGUACGAACACGGCGUUUCUUUUCCCGGCGAAAAAAAGAUCAAACCUGCACGUGAAAAAGCUCAGCAUGGUAACGCGGAUACUGAUCGACGGAUCGACGAAAAAAGCGAUCGGCGUGGAGUUUGUCAGGGGUGGGAAAAAAACCAGAGUGUAUUGCCGGAAGGAAGUGAUCGUUUCGGGCGGAGCGAUCAAUACUCCGCAGUUGCUCAUGUUGUCCGGUAUCGGUCCGAAGCAACACUUGGCGGACAACCGGAUACCGUUGGUGAAAGACUUGCCGGUCGGCGAAAACCUGAUGGACCACGUGUCACUAGGAGGUCUGGCGGUGACGGUGAACGACACCGUGUCGAUAAGGCUGCACAAGGUGUUCGACGAUCCAAAUAUCCUGUACGAUUUUUUACAGAACCACAAAGGCAUCUACACCGUGCCGGGCGGUCCCGAAGCUCUGAGCUUCACGGACGCGGACAGACCGGAUUCGGCAGACGGACGUGCCAAUCUAGAGCUACUGCUCGUCGGGGGACUGUACUCGUCCCACGAACUCAUGCCCAAGCUGUGCGGCAUGAGGCCGGAAGUGUAUGACGCCGUUUACAGGGCAACCGAAGGUACGGACGGGUUCUUGGUGUUCCCGAUGGUGAUGCGUCCCAAGAGCAAAGGUCGGGUGUGGCUGAGGGACGCCAAUCCGUUUCACCACCCGCUAAUCGACCCCAACUAUUUCGCCGACGAGACCGACUUGGACGUGAUCGUGGCCGGAGUCCGGCUGUUGCAGCGGAUGUUGCUCACCGUCCCGAUGAAGUCACUCGACGCCAAAGUUCUGGACACUCCGUUUCCGGGUUGUGUGCAACUCGAGUUCGACACGGACGCCUACUGGAAGUGUGCCGCCCGACAGAUAUCGUUCACGAUCUAUCAUCUAUCCGGUACGUGCAAAAUGGGACCGGAAUCGGACCCGACGGCCGUCGUCGACCCGAGAUUGCGCGUGCACGGAGUCCAAGGUUUGAGAGUAGUGGACGCGUCGAUCAUGCCGGAAAUACCGGCGGCUCACACCAACGCCCCGACGAUCAUGAUCGCGGAAAAAGCGUCUGACAUGAUCAAAGAAGACUGGGGUGAACUACAGACGUAGUAAAUAACGGAGUAGUUAUAGGUACUUAUGAUAUUCAAUCGAGUGAAUGACUUUAUUUAUUUAGAGUCACGACGUUUAAGUAGUCUGAUAUUUUUCAUCCUAAAACUAUUUAUUCUUCGUCAUACUAUAAGUAUAAUACGUACCUACGUAUAAAAUAUGUAUUUAUCGCAUGACAUGUAAUACGUUGAUGUGUUAUCUAUAUAAUUAAUAGUUUAAUGGACUAAAAAAAAAUAGAAAACUGCAACAUAUGGAAAAAAUUUUCCUACAUGCCAAUAAUAUAUAUAUAUAUAUUUACCUAUAUAUUUACGAACAAUAAAAUUGCGUAAAAUUAACAUAGAAAUUGCACAUAAUGAUUUUAGUUGAUUUACUCACUUAUAUAGCCAACUAUGACUGUGAGAUUUAGAUAAAAUAAAAAAUAAACUAGAAAUAUAUAUAUUUAUAUUGUAUAUACGUACAUUUUAUACUAAUUUAAUAUUAUUUUUGACUCAUUUUAAGCGCCAUAUCAUAUUAUAUAAAAAUAAUAUUAUUUCAUCCAUAAAUAAUAGAAUAUGUAAGUUACUUUCCUAUUCAUCAUAUUAUUAUACUAUUAUUCGAAUAUUAAAUUUAUAAUUAUAUUUUUACUAUUUUUAUGCAUUGAUGUAUUUGUUGAUUUUAUAGCAGAAAAAUUAAAUACCAAAAAUAGUGAUACUUUACACCUAUAUAUCUCCUCCCUUACCCGAAUAAUCGCUAAUUUUAAUAAUUGUCUUAGCACGUCUACUUUAAUUCCGGUUGCAUCAAUUGCAUUUUUUAUUUCGCACCAUAUUCAUGCAUUUAAAUAGCUUUCAUUAAUUUGUUAUAAUUAUUUUAUUUAUUAUUAGAGCUUCAACUUGUAAGACAUUUUUUGGAUAGGUUAGUUGGAUUAUUACUCGAGAUGAUAAUUACGAUUUACGACUCAGUGAAAUGAUGCAUUAUCGUUAUCUUGUGUGAACACUGACAUUUGAUAUUAUAUUAUAUAUUUCUAGUUAGGUAUUAUUUGGUUGGUCUAAAAUAGCUAACUAGUUUCUCGUGUCAAGGGCUCUUAUUAUUUGAAUUUAUAUUAAUCUACAUUUAUGUAAUUUUUUCAAUUCAACAAUAUAUAAAUAGUAUAUAUUAGUCUAAUUUUUAAUCGAUAACUAAACAUCAAUCAAUCACAUUACUACAUUCUAAUCUAUCCAAUUCAUAAUAUUCCAUCACUGUCUUCUUGCCUGAAUGCUUCAGACCUCGUGUUAAUCACUAAGCUUCUUAAUGGUAUUUUUGAAGGUUCCAAUUUAUUUGACUCUGUACUCUUUCAUUAUUUUUUAUUCUGGCUCAUCUCAUUUUCUUAAGACACUAACAGACACUCCACAGAAUAUAACACAGACUAACCAAAAUUGUAUUAGUCUCAACUGCCUUCACUUAGGUGUAUGUUAUAUUUACUUAUAUAUUUUCAUUGUUAGUUUAUUUAUUCAAUAAAUAGAUAAAAUAUAGUCGUGAAUCAUAGAUUUUAUUU